AUGAAUCUAAAAUGGUUAUCUAACAUAGGGUUUUCAAAUUAUAAUAAAAAAAAUAACAAACAAAAAUUUGUAAGAAGUAGAAAAAGAUUUCGUACCAUAACAUGGAAAUACACAAAAACUAUUGGACCUUUUGCUUCCUUUAUAUAUUUAUUUAAUCAAAGUAUUGGUUCAGGUCUAUUUGAUAUUCCAAGUUUAAUAGAUGAAGUAGGAUGGAUCCCAGUAAUAUUUGGGAAUGUGUUCGUGUGUUCGGUAGCUGUUUUUUGCAGCUUAAUGAUUUUAAGGGCUAUGACUAUGAUACCAAAAAACAAAAACUUUGAACAAAGAAUUGAAUAUAGUGCAGUUAUAAAAUAUUUUAUGUCUAAUGAGAAAUAUAAAUUUGUUUCUUUUUUAUAUCAUUUAGGAAAUAUAUGCAACAAUAUUUGUGGAAUACUAGUCAUAUCGAAAAUAAUUGAUAUAUUUAUUAUUAAAUUAUAUGGAUAUACUAUAUUAUUUCAAAUAUAUCCAGAAAUAAAGAUAACAAAAUGUUCUUUAAAUCUUUUAGAUGCUAUGUUUAAUGGAUAUUAUUAUACAAGUACAGGGGGGUAUGAAAGAAUAAUAAUAUCAGGUUUUACUAUUGGCUAUCUUAUUAAUGCAAUUAUAUGCAUUCAUUUAUCCUCAAAAGGAUUGGAAGAAACAAUAAAUUAUCAAUAUGUUGUUUUUAUGAUAUUUAUGAGUUCAUUUUUAUAUUUAUCUGUUUCUUCAACCAUUUAUUUACUAUCUCAAAAUUAUAUAGACCCUUCCCCUAUUUCAUCUAUUAGAAACUUGAAUAUAUACCAUAAAUUUAUAUUAAAUAGAACCCAUUAUGAAAUAGAUUUAAUAAAAAAUUAUCAUAGUUAUAAUGAACUUAAUAAUUUUAAAAAGAAAUUACAACUACAUAAAAAUCCAUCUUUUCAUGAUUAUCCAAUAUUGAAAUCUAUAACCGAACAAAAAAAAUAUAUAUCCAGUGAUUAUCUUUCAGAACUUGCUUAUAGAAAAGAUAAUCUUUAUGAAACUACUGAAAUAAAAGAAAGCAUACAAAGAAAAACAGAAAACAUAUUUAAAAUAUCUACAAAAAAAAAUAUACAUCAAUAUAAUAAUUUCGAAUAUAUAAAAAAGUGUCCAUUUUUCUACCAAAUUCCUUCACAUUUAUAUAAAGAAAAGAUAUAUAUAUUUCGUUAUAGCAUUUAUUAUAUCAUUUUAUCACGCUGUUCAAAUAAUAUAAAAAUAAAAUAUUUUCCUAGAAAACAUUAUUUUUUUACCAUAUAUCAAAUAAUCAAUCCAAAAAAUAAUGAAAAAUUGUUAUGUCACAAGUAUAAAAUUAAAGAUGCCAAUAGUAGGAGGAAUACAACAAUUAAAGAGGAAAAAAAUUAUCUGCAGUAUGAUAAAAAGGAAGAAAUGAAAACAAAACCUGAAGAUAAUAACAAUAAUAAUAAUAAUAAUAAUAAUAAUAAUAAUAAUAAUAAUAAUAAUAAUAACAAUAAUAAUAAUAAUAAUAAUAAUAAUAAGAUAUUUUUGAAAAAUUUAUAUUAUAUGAUAAGUAAAAUUGAAGGAAUAAAAACAUACUGUAUGGGAAAAACGUUUGCAAAUUUUAUUGAUUCUUACGGAUUUGUUAGUAAUAUACCAUCAUGGGGAAAUGAAAUAACAGAUGAAGUUAAUGUUUCUAAAGCUAUAUGGUUAAGUAGCAUUUUUACUAGUAUAUUUUAUUUUAUAUUUGGGUUAAUAUUUUGUUUGAAUAAUUCCUUUCAAAAAAUUAAUACAUCUAUUUUGUACAUCUUUAACUUUGUUGCUGUAGCUCCUAAAGUUAUUACAGGCUCAAUAUCAAUGCGAUAUGAUUUAAUGAAUCUGGAUAUAUGUUCAGAUAAUUUAGCCUUUUUUUUUGGUUGUGUAGCUCCUUUUUUGUUUGCAUGGAUAUUUUCUAAUGGUUUAUUAUUUUCAGACACUUUUAAUUAUAUAAGUUUAAUCUGUGGUCUUUUUUGUAAUUUCUUAUCACCCGCAUUUGCUUAUAUAUCUGCAUGUGAAAGUAAUAAAUAUAUAUCCAAAAAUCCUCUCAGAAAAUAUACUAUUAUUAACCGUAAAAAAACAGUUUAUUCUUCCAGUUCAGAUAUUAGAAAAGCAUUGGGAAAUAUAAUUGUUCAUUUUGAUGUUAAUAAUGAAAAUGUGAAAAUGGAAGAAAGUGAAAAUGAAAAGGAAUCAAAUCAAAAGGAAUCAAAUCAAAAGGAAUUAAAUCAAAAGGAAUCAAAUGAAAAGGAAUUAAAUCAAAAGGAAUUAAAUCAAAAGGAAUUAAGUCAAAAAGAAAACGAAAGAUAUAAACAGUAUAAUAGUACAACAUCUUUAGAUAAUUAUGUUAAUUCAAAAGAUUCAAUAAAUGAUUCACUUAAUGCAAGUUCUUAUUUUAAAUAUGUAAAUGGUGAGUAUAGACUUAAAAGUUAUUCCUCAAAUGAAGAUAAUCAGAUAAGUCAAUGUUCCCAAAACUCAUCGACUAAUACAUUAUCAAUACAUGACAAUAUGUAUGAUAAUGAUAAAAAUUAUAAAAAUGAUAAUAAUGAUUUUUCAUAUGUAGAUAAAAAUAUUAAUUUGAAUAAUUAUGAAAUUAUGAAAACAAAUGUUCCUACGGAUGAUAAUAUUAAUAAUGAAGAAAAUUUAAAAAAUAUGAAAAAAAAAAAAAAAAAAGGAGUUAUGUUUUCAGAUACACUUGAAGAAUAUUGCGAAGAAAAUAAUUCAAAUGUGAAAAAAAAACUUACAAGCAAUGUUGUGGACACAUAUAUAAAUGAAAAAAUGUUAAAUGAAAUAACUUUUUCAAAUGAAUCAAAAAUAAUGGAUGAAGAAAAUAUGCAAUUAGAAAACAAAAAUAUAUCUUUACAAAAUAAAAAAUGGGAUGAUAACAGAAACGAUAAAAAUACAAAAAAAAAAUUAAUGUUUUCAGAUGAUGUCAAAAUAUUUAAUGAAAAUUCAAAUAACGAAAAUAAGAAAAAGGUGAAAAAAAAAGGGGUAACUUUUAUGGAUGAAUUAGAAGAGGGCAAAAAAUUUGAUAAUCCAAAAAAAAAUAACAUUGAAAAAAAUGAUAAUAAUAAAAAUAAUCAUAAUAGCAAAAAUAAUGAAUAUAAUGAGAAUACGAAAAAAGAUGAACAAAGUAGUGUACUAUUCUUAGAUGACGUCAAAAGAGAACAGAAUGUAUAUAAUAGUGAUAAAAUAUCUUUUCAAAAUCAACCUGAAAUAAUUUACUCAAACAACAUAAAAGUGAUUAAUGAAAAUAAUAAUGAUUUAAAAAAUAUAAAAUUGGAAGAAAGAAAAGAAAAGAAUCAAGAAGUAAAUUUUUUGAAUGUUCCAAAAAUUUCAGUUAUAAAGGAGAAAAAAAAUGAAAUUAAUUACUCAGAAAAUAAAGUUAUUACAAAAGUUCUUAAUUUUACAGAAUAUGAAAGGAAUUUUAGUGAUUCAUUUGUAAAUUUCAAAAUUAACAGAUUAAAUAACAUGACAACUCAUGAAGAAGAAUUACUUAAAAAAAACAGAAGUUUUGAAAACCAUGAACAAGUUUAUAAAAGACAACGAGAAAAAUUAAAAUCACAUUAUAAGAGUUCUAUAUCAAAGGUAAUAGAAAAUUCAAAUAAAUAUAAUAAUUUAAUAAAAGACAUAGAAGCUCUAAAUAGUAAAGAUAUAAAUGAAAAUAAUCAAUGUGAUAAUACUACAAUUGAAAAAGAAAAGUUAAAUGUUAAAAAUGAUUUGGAUAAUCCCGUUUUCAUUUUGAAUACAAUUAAUAAUGAUUCAAAUGAUAAAACAUUAAUUACAGAAACUUUAGAUGAUGAGGAUAAUAAUAAUUUGAAUGAUGAAAAUGAUAAAUAUAACUAUUCAAUUAAAAACGAUAUUUUAUAUAAUUUAAAUAUUGAUAAACAAGAUAAAUAUUUAAUUAACAUAAAAGAUUCAAGUGAUAAAAAUGAUGUAUAUGUAAAAAAAUAUAAUUCUUGUAAAGAUAAUCUAACUAUAAACAAUAAUAAUAAUAAUAAUAAUAAUGAUGGUGAUGAAAAUAUAUGUUUAUUAAAUUCAAAGUAUCAUUCACAAAUGGAUUUGUAUCAUAAAAGAAUCUUUUCUUCUUCACCAGAAGAUAUGUGUUCAAAAGAAAUAUCAAAAAAUGAAAAUAUGAACUCAUAUAAUUUAUCAAAUUUCCUAAGGGAGGAAAAUAACGAUACAAAUAAUAUUUCACAUUUACACGAUUUUAAUAGGAAAAAAUGCUCAUCAUAUGAAAUAAUAGUACCACAAAAGGAUGAUAUGAUGAAUCGAAUGCAAAAGAAUGUAAUAAAUAUUUCUAAUGAAAAUGUGGAAAAUGAUAUUGUGAACAAUAAUGAUCUUAAGAAAUAUGAAAAAAAUACAUUAUUUGUUAGACAAAGGAAAAAAUUAAAAUCAUCAUUUCAUGCAAAUGGUGAUAUGAUAAUGGGAGAUAGUAAAGAAGCAAUACAUAAAGAACAAAUUAACGAAUUUCUAAGAAAAAUAAGUAAAGAAUCUAUUAUAUAUAGUAAUUAUGAUAAUGUUGAUCCUAUUAUUUUAAAUACAUCAAAUCAAAAUAAUUAUCAAAUAAAAAAAGAAAAUAUCACCAUAAACGAAAAUAAAAAUGUUCAAUCUAAUAUAAAAUUACAAAUACCAACAAUUAAUAAUAUAAGGAAUACAAAUGAAAAUAUAUAUAAAAAUGAAAAGAAUCUUUCAUUGAAUAAAACACAAUUUCCUAAAACCAGAGAAAUUAUUAAACAUAAAACCAAUUACAAAUUCGAUGACUUGUCAGAUUUGGCAAAUGAUAUAAAUAAAUUCGAAUUAGAUUAUGAAACAAAUAAAAAUGAAAAUUAUUUAGGAAAUAUUAAUAAUAUAAAUAAUAAUAUAGAUUUACAUAAAAAUGAAGAUAUCAAUUCUGAAAAUAAAGAUUGUUAUAAUAUGAAUACACAAACAAAUAAUAUACAAAUAAAAUCUAAUGAAAAUACAAAAUUAAAUGAUAAAGAACAAAAUGAUAUUUUAGAGGAUUAUUCAUCAGAAGAAAUUGAAAAACCCGAUGUAAUAAAAACAAUUGAAAAAGUAUAUACAGAAUUGGCAAAUAAAAUGCAUUCUGAGAAUUCUGAAAAUGAUGUUAAUAAUGAUAAUGAUAUUAUAGAUUGUGUAGAUAUACGAAAUUUUAAAAUUAUAGAUAAUAAAAGCCCUGUGAAAUAUUAUUAUAAUUCUUUUCAUAAAAGUAAAAUUUUAGAGAACAAAAAAUAUGAUCAUAUUUUUUCAAAUAAUAUUAUGAUAGAUAAUAAAACAAAUAUGGAUCACUUAUGUUCAGUAUUUUUAUUUGGAAAUCCGUUAGAAAGAAAUGAAGAAGAUGUAGAUAAAAAAAAAAAUACAAAAGAAAAUGAUGAAAGUACCAAAACAACUAUAAAUAUGGAAGAAACAUCUAAAAUUAUACAAGAUAAAUCUGAUAAUAUAAAAAAUGAAAAAAAAAAAAAAAUUUCUUUUAAUUUAUCUGAAUCAGAAUCAAAUGAACUACCAAAUCGUGCAUUUUCUAGAAAUUUUACUAAUUCUAAUGGAAUAAUUAAAAAAAUUAUCACUGCAGGGAAUAAUUCAAAUAAUUUCAAAGGACUUACUUUAAGGAAAUCUAAUAUUAAUUCUAUUACUGAUCAUGAAUCUAUAGAUUAUAAGGAAUUAAACGAAAUAAUUGAUAGUAAUGAUAAAGAUUUAAAUAAAAACAUGUCAGACAAAAUAGAAAUAAUGAAAAUUAGAAUUCAUGUAUAUCCAUAUAUUCUUCAAAAAUAUCAUGUAGAAACAACUUAUGUUCUAUUAGGAUGUUUAACAACUUUUUCCUUUGUUGGUAUUAUAACUGAUUUAUUAUUUGGUUAA